AUGCAUUUCCUCAUUCUCGGUGGUACCGGUUUCAUCGGCAAGGUGGCAGUCCAGGAAGCUAUGGCUCAGGGGCACCGAGUAACCAUGUUCAACCGCGGAACCAAGUCCAUCCCCGAAGGCGCCAACGCCAUAACAGGCGACCGUCUCGACGCCCGCGGGCUCGCCGACGUCUUGGGCCUCGCAGCCUACAACGGCACCGCUUUUGACGCUGUUAUUGAUACUUGGCAGGAUGAGCCCUCAGCCGUCGGCAAGGCCGUUGACGCGCUUCGUGGCUAUAUAGGGCACUACACGUACAUCUCCACUAUCAGCGUUUACGACCUGCCCCUGGACCGCGACCCCUCUCAGCUCUACACGGAAGAGGCGCCGCUGUACGACGUCAAUAAGCCCAAUGCUAAGGACUCGGUCUACCAAUUCAACAAACGCGCUGGCGAGAUUGCCGCGGAGGAGGCAGCUGCUGGUGCUGUCCCCAUCCUGCUCGCACGCCCGGGAAUUAUACUGGGUCCCCAUGAAUGGAAGGCUAACGGCGCUCGACUCCCGUACUGGCUAAAUCGCAUGCAUCGCGGCGGUCCUACGUUGGCUCCAGGACGACCGGACGAUCUCAUGCUACAGUACAUUGACGUGCGGGAUCUGGUCAACUUCGUCAUCGGGGCCGCGGAGAAACGAUUGGCGGGUGCGUAUAAUCUCGUCAGCGAGCCGGGCCGCACGACCAUGAGACAACUCCUCGAGACGUGCAACGAAGUCACCGGUGGCCGGGCGGAACUGAAGUGGAAGGAACCGGGGGAGAUCAUGAAAGUAGUAACUGACCCGGGUAAGGAACUUCCACUGUGGCUCCCGCCCGAUGCGCCGGGGAGGGUGUAUGUGUAUGGGUGUGACGCUUCUAAGGCGAGGGACCAGGGGUUGAGGUGUAGAGGGUGUGAGGAGACGGUUAGGGAUACGUGGGAUUGGGUUGGGAGCCAGUUUUACGUCGUUUGACGGAUAGUUUGAUGGGCUCGUAUUGUGUCUUUGCGCGAUUGGUGCUUCUUGCGGUUAAGACAAGACUGGCAGAAAAAAUCAAGGUUGGUGUUGUGCGGCAAGAAAUGGCCUGGUACAUGGGCCAUCUACUGGUACUUUUGGUACUUGCUACAACGUAUGUUCAGGAGCACAGAACUGUCGACGACUAAUAAAGGUCAACCUUUCACCAUCAAAUGUUCCAACUUUGAGG